AUGCCCAAAGUGCGCCGCUUGAACUCCACUUGUUAUCGCAAACAGGGCUGCAAGGAAGACACUCCCGCAGACUACGCGAUCGCCCACAACUUGACGCCCUUCAUGUCUAUGCAGAACCACUACUCGCUCAUGUACCGCAAGGAUGCGCGCGAGUUAUUCCUUACCUAG